AUGAAUGGUUGCCCUCACGAAGUCUUUGUCAAACUUGACCUCGAAAAGAAUUAUAAAGGGGAAAUUGUGAAGGAGCAUGAAAAGCCCAUGUACUCGUUAAGGAUAUCAUUUACACCGUCGCCUCCAUCGCAAUUCACGAUCACGCUACUCACCCCCAAGCAGGUUUAUGAAUUUGUCGAGACGCGCGCUGGGUCCACGCUCAUCACACAAUAUACCAAAGGUCUUCCCCAGACUAGAACCAUGUACGCCUAUAUUCGUGGCCGAAACGUGGGCACCCAGGUCCCUCAAGGUAUGAUCUGGCGCUUAUUCCCGCCUCUCGUCGCCGAGCCUUCAAACCAAGCCCACUUCCAUCUUAUUCUUGAUCCUCUACUGCUCGGCUUUAUUCCCAAAUCCGCCGUGCCUGUUAUUUGGGCUAUUUUGGUGGCCGGAGCAUUUGGAGCAUGGUCGCUCAGGUGGAUCAAACCGUACUUGAAGAACCUGGCAUUGUCCGUCCAUGAACAGAUGAAAUCCAAACCGUAG